AUGGUGUCAUUACGGCAGCUCGUGCUGCUAGCUGUCAGUUCAUGCUCUGCUGUCGUCAACAGCCUGAGUAUAGGAGGUCAACGAUACACAAUUGCUGAGUCUGAGAAGCGGCAAGCACUGCAGGAUCUUGUCACCUGGGACGAAUAUUCCCUCUUCGUUCGCGGCGAACGCAUCUUCUUCUACUCAGCAGAGGUUCAUCCUUGGCGACUGCCUGUCCCAGACUUGUGGAAAGAUGUGCUACAGAAGAUCAAAGCUUUGGGUUAUACCGGGGUCUCGUUCUAUGUCGACUGGGUCUUGCACGAAGGCGAGCCUGGUAGCUUCUCUGCCGAAGGCGUCUUUGACUGGGAGCCCUUCUUCGAAGCUGCGAAGGAAGUAGGAUUGUACUUGUUAGCUCGACCGGGACCGUACAUCAACGCCGAAGUAUCAGGAGGCGGCUUCCCAGGCUGGCUGUCCCGCAUUCCAGACAUCCUACGCACCAACGAGACCGGCUUCCUCGAAGCAACACAAAACUACGUCUCCAACAUCGGUAAGAUCAUAGCUGAUGCGCAGAUCACCAACGGUGGCCCAGUCAUCGCUUUCCAGGCUGAGAACGAAUAUACAUUCGGUGCGGACUGGGUCGAAUGGCCAGAUGUCACCUACAUCGACGCCGUCAACAAGCAGUUCCGCGAUACUGGAAUUGUGGUACCCUUCAUCAACAACGAAGCGGCCGCGAUCGGACUCUUCGUACCCGGCGAGCCCGGUGGUCCGGAUAUCUAUGGUCACGACAACUAUGGUGUCGGCUGGGAUUGUGCUCACCCAGCGAACUGGACUUCUGCAGACCUUCGCACAGAUUUCCGCCACCUUCAUCUGGAGCAGAGUCCGAACACUCCCUAUACUAUUCCAGAGUUCCAAGGUGGCGCGAUAGAUUCCUGGGGAGGUCCUGGUCUCGAAGGGUGUGCUGAGAUGGUCAACCACGAAGCGGAACGAAUCUUCUACAAGAACAACUUUGCUAAUGCUGUGACGAUCUUCAAUGUCUACAUGUCUUACGGCGGAACGAACUGGGGUAAUCUUGGGCAAUCUGGUGGCUACACUUCCUACGACUAUGGUGCCGCUAUCAAAGAAGACCGCACAAUCACUCGAGAGAAGUAUCACGAAGCCAAGCUGUUGGCUCAGUUCAUGGUGUCUUCACCUGCGUACCUUGAGGUCACAACAGGGAAUCUGACCAACUCGACAUAUGUCAGUACUUCUGCGAUCUCGACGACACCACUGUUUGGUAAGAAGACGAACUUCUACGUUGUUAGACAUUCCGAUUACAAGUCCUUCACAUCCACGCCGUAUACCUUUACGGUCCCCACGAGUGCAGGCAACGUCACGAUACCUCAACUUGGUGGAACGUUGACACUAAACGGCAGAGAUUCGAAAAUUCACGUCACUGACUACGACGUCAGCGGUGUUAAUCUCAUGUACUCAUCUGCAGACAUUUAUACUCACAGCAAGUCGGGUUCGAAGCGAGUGCUUCUGAUCUAUGGCUUGCUUGGCGAGACCCACGAGCUAGCCUUUUCGACGAAGCUAGGAGUGCCGAGAGUCGAGGGUGGGUCCGUCAGAAUUGAGAGGAAGAGGUCUCUCCAGGUUGUUCAGUGGGAGGUCACAGCCGAACGAAAGGUCCUGCACUACCGCAACGGACUUGAUGUGUACCUCUUGUGGCGGAAUGACGCUCUGAAUUAUUGGUCUCUCGAGCUGGAGUCGCCUCCUCCCAUCGGCAAUUACAGUUCGCAGAGCAAGGAGACCGUUAUUGCUAAGGCUGGUUAUCUGUUGCGUGAGGUCACGAGAAGUGGUCGCGACCUCCACUUCAGGGGUGAUCUUAACGCCACAGCAGAGCUGGAAGUCGUGUCAGGAGCUUCGCACCGCACAGAAAUUUCCUUCAAUGGCGAGAAAUUGUCGGACCCGAAGUCUAAGCAUGGUCGACUGUCAGCUACGCUCGAGUAUACGGCUCCAAAAUUCGAGCUACCAUCGCUGCCUAGUCUGGAAUGGAAGUCCCUCGAUUCUCUGCCAGAAUUCAAGCCAGGAUAUGAUGAUUCCGCCUGGGUUGUUGCAGAUCACACCACCACGAACAACACUGUACGAGAUCCCGACUCCGGGACUGAGUUCGAGCUGAAGACACCGACCUCCCUGAUUGCGAGUGACUACGGCUUCCAUACUGGCUCUCUCAUCUUUCGCGGCCACUUCGCGGCCACCGGCGAUGAGUCGUCACUUUACCUCUCAAUCACCGGUGGUCUCUCGUUCGGCCACUCAGUCUGGCUUGGAGGAACACAUCUUGGUUCCUGGGCAGGUAACUCCACUGCCAGAAGCUACAACCAGACACUCUCAUUGCCUGAAGAUCUCGACCUGGAGGCUGGUGAGGAGUAUGUCAUCACCGUCGUGAUCGACCACAUGGGGAUGGAAACCAACUGGACCCCUGGAUACGAUAUGGCGAAGACACCCCGUGGCAUCAUGAACUACUCACUCUCUAGCCACGAGCAGAGCGAUAUAACCUGGAAGCUGACCGGAAACCUCGGAGGAGAGCAGUACCAAGACAAAACCCGCGGUCCUUUGAACGAAGGAGGCUUCUUCGCCGAGCGGCAGGGAUACCAUCUACCUCAGCCUCCAACCAAGGACUGGAAAGCCUCAUCACCCCUCGAUGGUCUCGACCACCCGGGCGUAGCAUUCUACACCACCAGCUUCGACCUCAACAUUCCCACUGGCUACGACGUGCCUCUAAGCUUCGUCCUCACCAACUCCACGAACAGUGCCGGUGAGGCUACCGAGUGUCGUGCGCAGCUUUAUGUCAAUGGAUGGCAGUUUGGGAAGUACAUCAACCAUCUCGGUCCGCAGGUGAAGUUUCCAGUGCCUGAAGGUAUCCUAGACUAUGGGGGGACGAAUUACAUCGCCGUCAGUCUGUGGGCGCAGGAGGCGGAGGGGGCGAAGUUGGGAGGGUUGGAGCUGGUGGCUGAUGCUGCGGUUCAGUCUGCUUAUAGGAAGCCGAAGUUGGGUUGGAAUGAUGUGUGGGAGGAGCGUGAGGGUGCUUACUAG